AUGAGUUCCUCAAUGGAGACCGUAUCCCCUGGGUCGAUUCACUCCAAGACCUCCAAGACUUCACACAAGCACUCGCCCAACAAGGAACUCAAGAGAGACAACAGUGCGAUCAAGUCUGCCAUCUCGCGUGGAAUGCAACAGUCCACAUCUCCCGGGCCCAGUCGGCUCGAACUCUCGCCCAAGCCGUCGUUGGAGCAGAAGGCCGCGAAUGACAAUGUUUCUACCAAGCCCACGAACCCAUUUGAACUUGCAGACAUUCCACCUUCAGAUUUCAUCUUCCCCCGCGACGUGGAGUUGGGUCUAUUCGACUACCCGUCCAACGAGAGGGAGACCUCAUAUGAGCCAGUCUCUGAAUGCCUGCCCGAGCAGCGCAACGAAGUUGCCACUCCGUACACCCCGGCUUUGCGCACUGUGUCGCAGUACACACAGCGCAUCCGGGGCCAGUGUGGGAGCAAGUGUGAGACUUGGUUGGCGCGCCAGAUGUACGACGAGCUGAAUGAUAUCUCUACUCGUAUUGAAGACAUUAUGCGUGGGAUCAGGGUGAUGCUGGAGAAGAGGGGCCCGAGCGAUGAUUUUGAGGGUCUCGGUGAAUAUCAUUUGGAGGCUGAGGAGUCCUAUGAUGCAUUCAAGGGUGGUUGUCCUGAGGAUCCGUUGGAAUUGAGUGACGGGGAAGAUAAUGCACUCUUCGUGAACGCUGAUGAACGCUGA